GUAAAAUGGGUGAAGGUCUGUUUGAUGCUCUUCUGGAGUUAAAUAGCCAACAACACCAGUCUUCAAAGUGUGCUCCACAGUUGCCCCUCCCCCAACCAAUGGACUCUGCUCUUAAGGCUCUUCAACUUACCGAGGCCCUUAGGGUGGUGCUGGAGGGCCAGGGAAGUGAGGAAGAACAGGACAGUCUGAGAAAACAUGUCCCCACUGAUACAGCAAAUGUUAUACUAACGUGGCUGAAAAGAGAUGAGGAAAACACCCGUUCAAACACUAACAGCGAGACUUACCAGGAGCGACUGACACGACUGGAGGGAGACAAAGAGUCACUAAUUCUGCAGGUGGGUGUGCUGACAGACCAGGUGGAGGCUCAGGGGGUGAAGAUCAGCGACCUGGAGAGCUCGUUGGUAGAGCAUCAGCACAAACUCAACUGCACUGAGGAAAUGCUCCAGCAGGAGCUCCAGCAUAGAACGUCACUGGAGAGCCAAAAGCUGAGUCUUAUGGGGGAGGUGUCCUACCUGAAACUGAAGCUGGCAGACAUGGAGGGAAAACAGGCCCAAGGAGUUGAGAGGCAUCAUAAAGCAGAGACUGUCGUGAAUUUCAUUAGUGAGCUGCAGGAGCAGAUGUGUCAGUUUCAGAAGGAGAUUAAUAGCAAGAUCCAGGAGAAAAGGGCCUUGGAGACCCCGACUGACAGCAGGUUUCCAGUGGCGUGCCCCCCUGACACCAGUGAGGGGCAGCGCUCGAGCCUUGGUGUGUCCUGUGAAAGAACCUCGGGGGGGAUGCACAAGCUAGAGGAGGCUUCAGACGGGUCUGACGGAAACACGCACAGCCUGAGAGAGGGUAGCUCAGAUGAAGAGAAGAGGUGCCACUGCGGAGGAGAAAGUGUUUUACUAAAGGAACUUCGGGUUCUCAAGGACAAAGUGGAGCAUCUGGAGGAUCAGAAAUUGCAGUACGAAAAGAAGCUAAAAGUAACAAAGGCAGAGAUCAGCAGCCUUCAGCAGCUUCUGCUCAGUAAGAACGCAGAGAUCGAGAGCCUGCACACUCAGCUGCUGGCAAGACCUGCUCUAAGCUCAGAGUCCUCAGAGAGAGAUCAAGAGCUGCAAAAACUUAAGAGUGGAAUUAAAUCACUGGCAGCUGCCAACGAUGAAAAGGACCGGCAAAUAGAGGAGCUCACUCUGCUUCUGAAUCAGUGCAGACAGUUCAGAGAGGUCACUCAUACCUCAAGGCAAGCUCCAUCUGCUGUUCGUUCUCUGUCAAAUAGUCGGACUCAGUCAAGCAGCAGUGAAGAAGGUGAGCAGGGGGUGAUGAAGAAUACAGACUCCGCUAGUGCAAAAUCUGAUGAUGUGAGGUCUGACGUUUCAACAAACAGUUCUUCUUCACCAAAAGUUUCUCUUCUGUCCGUCCAGAAAGACAGUGACUCCAGAACAGAGCCAAACAUUUUAUCAAGUAGCAUGAACGACAUAACAACCCAUUCAGCAAAGAGUGAACUGUGUGACAGCAGAAGUCAAACUCUUCCGGUGAAUUCCACUUUGUCUGAAGAAAAUGGAAGCGCAGAUAGUGCUACUGAAAUCCAGAGCCAAAGGUCUCCAGAUGGGAGUGAAGACGGAGACUUCAGCCAAAGAAAAUUGGAGAGAGCUGAUGACAGCAUAUCCAGUGAUAAUUCCCCUGUUCAUUGUGAGGCCCAAACACAGGCUGGCCAGCGAGCAGUGGGCUCUCCAGAAUUCAUGAAGAAUAACAGGAGCUUUAAGAGACUCUGGGGAAAACUUCGAAGAACCCAGUCUGGAGGCUUUCAGGCAGCAGAUCCGGAUGCCGGACAGUUUAGAAGGGGAGGUCUCCGUGCAACAGCUGGCCCCAGACUCACCCGAACCCCUGAAUCUGACUCUGCAUGUGACAUGAAUAUUCCAUUCAGCCAGUGGUCCAAGGAGCAGGUGUGUAGCUGGCUAGAGGACUAUGGACUCGGCCAAUAUAUCAGUCUCACCAGACAAUGGGUUGAAAAUGGACAAACACUCCUUUCUGCCACACUGCAGGACUUCGAAAAGGAAAUGGGCAUGAAGCAUCCACUGCACAGGAAGAAGCUGCAACUGGGUCUCAAAGCAUUCACCACCAAAGUAAUCGAGAAGUCUUCAGAACUGGACCACAUCUGGGUCACCCGCUGGCUGGAUGACAUUGGCUUGCCUCAGUAUAAGGAUCAAUUCCAUGAAGCUCGGGUUGAUGGUCGAAUGAUACAGUAUCUCACUGUGAAUGAUCUCUUGACUCUAAAGGUCACUAGUCAGCUUCAUCACCUCAGUAUUAAAUGUGCCAUUCAUGUCCUUCAUGCCAACAAGUUCAACCCAAACUGCCUUCGACGCAGGCCUGGCGAAGAGAUUAAGGACAAGAUCAGAGAUGUGCAAAAGCAGCCCUCCCCAUCAGAGGUGGUGCAGUGGUCCAACCACCGGGUAAUGGAAUGGUUGAGAGCAGUGGAUCUUGCUGAAUAUGCUCCUAAUUUAAGGGGUAGUGGUGUCCAUGGUGCUUUGAUUAUCCUGGAGCCUCGCUUCAGCUCAGAGACCUUGGCCCUGCUCCUAAAUAUUCCUCCUCAGAAGACUUUGCUCCGCCGUCAUCUUGCCACAGCUUUUGCCACGCUGGUUGGUCCUCAAGCCACACAGGAGAAACGAGAGUAUGGGAAUGCCACAGGCCACAUGCCCCUCACUACCACAGCUAAAGUAAAACCAAAGAAACUGGGCUUCACCCAGUUCAGUCACCUUAGAAAAAGGAAACCGGACGAAUCUGCGGACUACAUCUGCCCGGUAGACAGUGGAUUGCUGUCAACGAAUGGAGUUUCUCGCUUUCCCACUGUUGCACAUCGGGGACUGAGCUCCACUUUGGACAGACAGUUGGAAAAGUGGGAACCAGUGGGGGUAAAAGCUCAAAUCAAUGGCACCAAGCAA